AUGUCGGAUAAAGUUUGGGGUGAUAAACCUAUAUAUUUUAAACAACCAGUAAGGUGGAUAAAAUAUCAUGCAAAUGUAAAUCCUGCAUUAUUUUUAUCAGUAUCAUUAGCUUUAUCAGCUCCUGUAUUAUUAUUAUUAACUCCUUUAAGAAAAAAAUUUUUAUAUCCUGAUCAUGAACCAAUACCAUUUGUUUAUCCUUUACCUACAAGACCUAGAGAUAAAAAUUUAAAAGGUUAUGAUGAUUAA